AAAUAAAUAGAUUCCCUGGUCUAUUGUUUUCGUCAGUGAUUAGUGAAUCCCUGCUCCCGUGUUUGAGUUAUACAGAUUUUACGACGUUUUCACCGAUUUUCGCGAAUUUCGAUCCUAGAAACGAUCCAUUUUUUACCGGUUUACCUGAGAAAACCGGUCAAAUCAUUUCAAUCGCGAUACGGUUUUCAAAACGUUACAACUCGACAUCUUUUUUUUGAUUAGAGUGGAACCUAACCUUACUGUUUUUUUAGACAGGACGCGUGCAUAUUUUUCACAUCAAGACGGAUCGUUUUAAAUAUUUCUGGUUUUAUCAUGACUCUUUAUGCUUGGGGUGCCAAUAGCUAUGGUCAAUUGGGUCUAGGGCACAAGUCUGAAGAGGAGGUCAGCCCCAGAGAAGUUCCACUGAAGGGCAGCGAGUUAAGAGCGGAAGACAUCGUUUCGAUAGCGGGAGGUGCGGGGCAUACCUUAAUCCUCUCAUCCACGGGAUUAGUUUAUUGUUGUGGCUGGAAUUCCAAAGGCCAGCUGGGUCUCUCUGAUGACACCUUGAAACUCACCCAGAUUGAAAUACUGAAGGAAUUUAAAAUAGUUGAGAUCUCUUGUGGCUGGGACUUUAGUGCUGCUGUAUCAGAAUGUGGCAAGCAAUUUGUUUGGGGUAAUAACCAGCACACCCAGUUGGGUUUGUCAAAGAGCAUAACCUGUACAGGAAUACCAUCAAGACUGCAAGUAUCUCAAAAAUUGGCUACAGGUUUUAAGAAAGUGAGUUGUGGCUUGCGUCAUUCUGCAAUAAUAACCAAAGAAGGAGGUCUUUUGGUUGCUGGAACUGGAGCCAAAGGUCAGUUAGGACUGGGUGAUAAUUUUGAUGAUAACAAUUAUUUGAGUAUUACAAGGGUCCCAGAUUUGGAGGAUGUCAUCAGUGUUGCCAGUGGCCAACAUCACACUUUGGCCCUGAGGGAAAAUGGAACAAUAUUAAGUUGGGGGGAAAACAAGUUCGGUCAGUUGGGUGUAGACCCUAAUGUGGCAAACAGUUUUAUUCCUUUAGAAGUUUUCCAUCAUGAUGGUUUGGAGAGUGUAUAUGCUGGCUGGACCCACAGUGCAGCCCUCACUAAAAAUGGAGAAGUCUUUACAUGGGGCAGAGACACUUAUGGCCAAUUAGGGUCAGAGAGGGAUGUACCAUAUAAGCCUGAAAAAAUUCCCACUUUAAGUAACAUAAGGCAGCUGAGUGUGGGCUCGGAACAUAACUUGGCAGUGUCUAGAGAUAACAAGCUCUACGCUUGGGGGUGGAAUGAACAUGGUAGCUGCGGUACUGGUGAUAAAAAAGAUGUCAGGAUACCCAUUCAGAUCUUGAAAAAUAAAACUGUGAGAUGUGCAUAUGCUUGUACUGGAAGCUCCUUUGCAGUCAUUGAAUAGUGUAGUUUUAGUAUAAUGUUUAAUUUUUUUUUAAUAUAAUUUUUCAUUGUUCAUAAGUAUUUUUAUAAAAAUAAGAUAUGUAAUUAUUACUUUGUCAAUGCAUUAUUUUUAUAAUAAAUAAGAACUUGUGCAUGCUUUA